AUGACGGAUGUUUGUCGGAAGGACUCCUCGGACCAAAAAGAUCCAGGCGCAGCGCCGGUGGAGAAGAAGAAGAAGGGCAAGAGGAGAAACCAGGAGCAGGCUGCCAGGGAGGGGGCGGAGAGUGACGACACUACCUCAACGCCAGCCCCCAACCUGGGUGGAGAGGAGAGCCAAGACCCCCUGGAUCACACGAAGCGGCGUUCUGGACGUCAGGUGAAGAGGAGGAAGUAUAACGAGGAUCUGGACUUCAAGGUGGUGGACGAUGAUGGAGAGACUAUCGCAGUUCUUGGAGCCGGUCGCAUCUCAGCGCUCAACGCCACGGCGCUGGCAUGGCAGGCGGAGGAACCACCUGAGGACGAAGCCAACAUCAUUGAGAAAAUUCUGUCCGUCAAAUCAGUAAAGAAAGAGACUUCAUCAGAGGAGGACCAAGUGGAGGAGACAGAGGAGUUUUAUGUCAAGUACAGAAAUUUUUCUUAUAUGCACUGCAAGUGGGCCACUCUGGAGGAGCUGGAGAAAGAUCCCAGAAUCCACCAGAAGAUUAAACGCUUCAGGACCAAACAGGCUCAGACCAAACAUCUGUUCACAGAGUCCGAUGAGGACUUAUUUAACCCGGACUACGUGGAGGUGGACAGAGUGCUGGAGGUGGCUGUUACUACAGACACUGAUACUGGAGAGGAGGUGACCCACUACCUGGUGAAGUUGUGCACUUAUUUCCUGUGGGCAUUGUUUCCCGUUGUGUUAUCGUAG